AUGGAAGCAAAGGUUGCGCGUAAACUUCGUGCCUUAUUGCGCGUUACUGGUACUACGUGGGGAAGAUCUCUCCACGACAUGCGCGAAUUGUAUCGCACCACCAUCAUUCCGAUCAUCACCUACGGUUGCGGAGCUUGGUACGUCGAUGCCACCAAUGAGCCAAAUAGAGGAAAUCUUCCGAAAUAUCUCCUGCAGCGACUCGAGAAUUUGCAAUAUUCUUGUCUGAUGCAAAUAUCUGGUGCCUUCCAUCGCACUGCAGCCAAGAUCCUCGAGAAAGAACUCUUCAUAGAGCCCCUCGUAGUCACGCUCGCAAGGCUGUCCAUUGCGCACCGCGUUCGUUCCUACUACGAUGACGACAGCGUUCAUUCUCGGCUAGCACGAGAGGAACGGCAUAGCAAAGAAGAGGUUAAAACCCACCCUUACCAGAUUCUGGAUCGAGAGGCCUGCAGCGUUGAGCGAGCCUCACUGGCGUUUCUCCGUCAGAGAAAGACCGCUGAACAGGCAGACAAGGACUGGACCAAUCGCAACAAGCGUAGAAAAGCCAUCAAUGUGUACCUUGAGCAAUGGGCGUUUUUCCAAAGUGCAUAUAUCUGGAACGAAUAUCGCAACUCGCGACUCCUUCGUGGAGGGAAGGUUUGCCCAGCGUUGGAUAGCGACUUUUACGCCGAAUGGGAUGAGCGAAGCCUUGAAUGCUACCAAGGCCUCACGCGGGCCCAAAGCACCAUGCUUCUACACAUCCGAACUUCUUUUAUCGGUCUUAACGCCCACUUGCACUCGAUCAAGUGCUCGGAGACUGCAUAUUGCCCCUGCCUUCGUGAUCGGCACACGGCAAAACAUCUCCUCCUGGAUUGCAGUCUACUAUCCGAGCAACGUGGCGCUUUGGUGAAGGCGAUCGGUCACCUCAGCUUCCAAGACAUGUUGACGAAGGACGCCUUCGAAACGACACGCUGGGCCGUCAUGCAUUCCGGCAUGGCGCCAUGGCAUUUGGCUAAGAGCGAUGCACAAAGCUGGAUAUCGACGAAGCGAAAGAAGAAGGGCAGGCGACAGCAAGGCGGUAGAACCUAG